AUAAAUUGAAAUUUUGGAAAGCAGUAACUUAUCUCUUUUACAUAUUGUCUGCACAAGGAGAUUACUGCGGGGGUGGGGGGAUUUCGAAAAGCAAUUAAAUUUGAGGGAAUGUUACAUUCGGUAAAACGGUACAUUCGGGGAUAAAACAUUCGGGAUGAUGUGUUUAGGAAAAAUAGUUUUCGGGGAUAUGUUACACACCAAACUGUUCGUUUUCAAUUUCCCCUUGUCGUGGUAGCUUUAUUCGUUUCGUAUUAUGUUGGUUAAGAUAUUCCUUGACAGAUAGAUCCCACUAGCUAGUUGAUAUAAGAGUAGUGUCAUCUUAAACCGAAAAUAUAUGUAAUUUAAUAAGAGCAGCUGUUGAAAGAAAAUCCAAUUUUUCAAUUUAAUAUUGACAGCUGAGGCUGAGUCCCUAGAACCCUCUGUACCGUACCUGGUAAUUAUCGAUAAUUAUUUUUAGCUUUCCCAUCCCUACCCCAAUAGUUAUUUAGUCCUAUCCGUUACGUGAGUUAUAUUUCCAUGCUUUGUGACAUGCCAAUGAGGUAUAUAAAGGUAAGGAAGAAGCAGACAUUUUCCUGUAUUAGAAGCGAAAAAUAGGCAAAUAACAUGUGCUUCUCGGUUGUAACGUAGCUCUCCAAACCAUUUGAGAUGGUAUUCACUUUAUUUUCUACGACAUCAACGUUAACAAAAAAAAGCCCUUUGAGCCCUUGUUUUAGCCUGGGAUUUGAACCAGGCUGUACCUAUGUAGACUUCAUUGGGUGACGAUGUGACGGUGACAGGCCUUCCAAUAACACAAACAGAAAAGCGAAAGCGUGUCCAUAAUCACUUGCACUUGCACUUGCAGCGUUAGCGCUAGUUGUAGCAAUGACACGUUCCGGUUGUUUCGUUAGUUUUUAGGAAAUAGUAACUGUUAAAACGGAGCUGGUAGCGAGUCCACAAAAUUUCGAGAAAACCCGGAGCACCCAGCCUUGGUGCACUACAGCUAGGGGAUUUCAACACAGGGAUCAUAUAUUUUUCAAUAUGAAUUCCUAGACUUGCAGUGAUGGCAAAACUAGGCGCUAAAGUUGACGACAAUUCUUUGAUUAAAUUAACUAAAGAGGAUCUUGUAGAGCUUGGUAUCGAGAUGGGGCCACGAGUUGUGAUAUUGGAUUUAAUCCAGGUGAUAACCUCAACUACUUCACAACCGCAGGAUAUAAUUGCACGUAAUAAGUCGCCUGUAUUAUCGCACGAACCGGUUUGUGGGUCAUCAUCUGCUCUGCCGUGUGUAUCGCCAGAUGUUCAGAUGAUCAAGGAAACGCUAGAGAACGCUCCAGGAUUUUAUUCGACACUCUACAAUGAAUUAUAUGAUAACAAAAUACCGGAUAUUAACAAAAUACGACAAAUGACAAGAAUUUUGUGUAACCGAUGGUUUUAUCAAAACAUGAUUGAACAUCAUAGAUAUCCGACAAUGCAUGAGAAGUGGAACUUGGCAAAAUCAAUACUGGUUGCUUUCCCGCAAUUAGAAGGCACAAGGCGGAUGCCAGAGGCCCCGAAAGAGUCGGCGUUCUUCUGGAAAAAUGGCGGUAAUUUAAGAGGAGCGCACACAGGCCUCAUCGAAACACGAACAAACAAUAUGAGAAAGGAUCUUCCGCGAGAAAAACGGAAAUUCACCCGCGAUAAAGAUUUAGUCAUUAUGGCAGCAGUUGAUGACGACAUUGUCGAAAAAGCAGAGCUAUGUGCAGCGAUAAGUGCGGUAACGGAAAAUGUUAGAAGAAUUGGAGAAUUAAUGGAAUCUACUUUUUACUACCACAAAUAUCUCCUCAAAACCGGAGCAACUUUUAGUGAUAUCAUAUCGGUGUUUCCGCAUUUGCCGUCAUUCGAAGGAGACAUGAUUCAACAAGCAUUCUCAAGACUAAACACAACACAAGGGGUAGCGUUGCUGCAACAUUAAAGCGAUGCUGUCUUAUUAGCAACACAACGUUUGCAGAAGUGGAAGAUAAAUAUAUUCGUGGAGCAUUGAGAGCUCUCGUGUUUCUUACUGCGCGAGGAACUAAAAGGGAAACCACCGACAAAAUGCUGAGUGCCGCUGAAAUUGUUGCAGCACCUUUGAUUAAAUGGGUUGAGGAAGAUGAGUGAGCGGAGCUGCAGCACAAAUCUGAAGGUCCAAUUCUCAUAUGCAUUGCAGAAAAAUUCAAAGCCGGUCGAUACGUGAUUAUGAUAGACGAAACACAUCAUGUCGAAAUUGCUACCAGUGAGAAAGCAGUGGAAAUUUUUUUUAAAUCAUUUACUGUUUUUAACAUCAAACCUAAUUCUGGCCAGGCUAAAAUUAUUGAUCUCAUUGAGCUAUGUGUCUUCAAAACAAUUAAGUACAGUUCACGUAACAGAGUGAAUGAUCUUUGUAAUGCUUUAUCACAACUGAAUGAUUGACCAGAAUUAGAGAAAACAAAAACGCAGAAAAUGCCGCACUUAUUUUCUUCAACAUUUUAUUAGAUAGUUUUUCCUUUUUUAAUGCAUAUAAUACGUCCCAGGCUGAGAUAAAACAAAACAAAUGCCUGUUUCUUCAUUGUUAAAAUUUUCCAUUUCAUCUAUAUACAUCAUAAUUUACGUAGCUUAUAAAAACAAUUAUCAAUAAAAACUACUUUAAAAUCAAGGUGAUAAGCAGUGAAUACCGAAUUGCUUGGCAAGUGAAUGCUUUUAUAAUAAACACUACAUAUAAUCGCUUACUAGAUAUAUACUUUGUUAAAUUUAGGUAUUUUUAUAUAAUAAUGAGUAGUAACAAUUAUCUAUAGGUAACGAAAAACACGAUCAAUAAUAACAGAAAAAACAAUUUGAAACGUUUUAAACACAAUAAAAAGCUAAGACGAAUAAAUAAUAAAUUAUAGUACCUGCUUUUGAUUGCAGUUUAUUUAUUUAUUCGUUAUGUCCGCUUAUUUACGGUAUAGUUUGAAUUGUGCAUGUAAUUAAUGUAUUUUGCGUGUUUUUGUCGUUUUCUUUCAUUGAAAAUACACAUUUAUAUUCAGUGAUUGAAUCCUGAAACUACUUACUUUUGGGCUCAAGCACCUUGUAAAAAUGCUAAAGCUAUUCAGUUAUGGUUAUGUUUAAUCAGCAAAACUACUUCUUUUUAGUGUGGGUUUUUCCAUUUAUUUGUUGAAUCUACUAAAACUAGGUUUUUAUGUAUAGAAAUGAUCAGUUAAACCUUCCUAGCUUUUGUUUAAGUUCGGGUAGUAAAAAUAUUUGUUCGCCAAAAAUACAAAUUUAUGAUUGGUGAUGAGCGCUCCAAUUUGCCUAAACGUCGAUUGCACUAACUCAUCAUGAAAAUAAAACUUUCCAAUUUUGGUUAAUGAUAUUAAGUAGAAACUGAUUGAAUAUGGGUAUAGUUAAUUCGAUUAUUUGUAGCAACUACUUAUUUAUGAGGUAUAAUGGACUGUGAAAAUAAAACUGCU